UUCGUAUGUUGGUGUAAUUGUAUUUGGCGAUGCAACGCCUGUUCGACUUCUGUCCCAGAUCCCGCCAGUUUUUAACACUACUGUCAGUGGUUCCAAUAUUAAAAGCUGUUAUUGUACAUUGAUUACUUGGCUAACUAAUAUUUAUUGUAUUUAUUCGGAAGGGCCUUGUAGGGAGAGUUUUCCCUUCAUGUGAAUGGGGAAAUAAGAUAUAAGGUCUUUUGGAGUGACUUGUCAUUUAGAUAACUGCGUGAGGCAUUAUCGUGUAAGACUUGAACAGAUUCACAAGUUAUUUGAAUUGUUUUUGUGGAGAUAUUUAGAAUGGAUAUUGCGUCUGUGUUCAGAUUCGAGAAAUCUAAUGAAGCUCUUUCUAAUUUGGAAAAGUUGUUGACUUGUAAAAAGUGCAAUGAAUUCUGUAAAAAUCCUCGAAGACAUUCAGAUUGUGGGUAUCUUUUGUGUUCCUGUUACUCAGCUAAAACUGACUCUUGCCCAGAUUGUGGCCAACGAUAUUCCCAGUCUAAUACCACCCCAGCUUACCAGGUGAAUACAAUUAUUGAGGCUGCAAAAACAAUUAAACAUCUUAUCUGUCAAAAACCGGUUGAGGCAACUGAAAACAGAGUUUCUGAUGGGGAAACGGAAAAUAAAAUGGUAACUUUUGACAAAAGGUGCACUGAAGCAAGUGUUGAAGCACAAGGAAUUAAGGAUUACAGAGUGUCAUCUGACGAUUUCAAAAAGCCAGAAAACAAGGCAAUACAAAAUAAAAAUAAAGAAGUAACAGUUGGUUUCUCAAGUGUGAGCAGACAAGGAGCCAAAAGUGCUGGAAAACAAUCAAAAACAAAUCUAAUCAAAGAAGUCAUUUCUAAUGAUUCGAAGAGUAUAAGGAAAUGUGUAGAACUGACACAAAUUCCAGCAAACAUAAAAGCAAUAAUGAAACGCAAUUCAAAAGGAGAAACAAAACUUCACACAGCAUGUGUGAAAGGUGACACAAAGAAAGUAGAAGAAUUUCUCAGUGCUGGAGCAGAUCCAUGUACUAAGGAUAAUGCUGGCUGGACUCCUCUGCAUGAAGCAGUAUCCAAAGGUUUCACAGAAAUUGUGAAACUACUGCUAGGAGCAGGAGCUUUGGUUAAUGUCCCUGGCUAUUACAAUAACACUCCUCUUCAUGAUGCUGCCCUUAAUAAUCACUUGGAAGCUGCACGUUUAUUGAUUGAAUAUGGAGCAAAUCCUCUCUUGCAAAAUAUAGAAGGUUACACCCCUCAAUCUGAUGUUACUCACAUCGUAGUUCCUUCUAAUAAAACCUGCACCCCUGCAGUGGAUAUAUUGCAUGGGAUACUUAGAGGCAAAUGGAUUGUAGAUUCAACGUGGCUUCUUUCCUGUUUACACUGCAAUGCUCUUGUGGAUGCUUCAGAACAAGAACUCACAGGUACUGCUAGAUUUCAAAACAGUUUUGCUCCUAAACGAAGCAGAGAAAACAUGGAAAAAAUGCAACCAAGCAUUUUCAAUGGCUGUCAUUUCUAUUUUUCUGGUGUUGAUAAAAUCACCAUUGGCGAAAUAAAGUUUACAAAGGCCCAUCUUUCCUCUCUCGUUCUUAGUGGUGAUGGAUUAGUGCUUACUCGAGAACCAAAUCCUGAAGCCAUUCCUGCUCAUGAACGUACAAUUCCUUAUCAUGCAAAAGGAAGUCUAUCCAAAUGUUCUCAUUAUAUUAUAUACCAACAUGGACGACAUGAACCUCAGUUGAAAUAUAAUAUGACACAUGUGAAGUCAUUACCUGUUACAUGGCUACUAGAUUGUAUUGAAACAUUUACUUUGAUUGAACCUUAGUAUUUUAAUCUUUGUAUAAAUUUGUGGGUUUCUUGAACACUGUAUUGCAGUAAUGGUGGAAUCUCCAGUCACGAAGUAAACAUUAUUUGGAGUGUUUAUGAGAGUAUGAAAUAAUUGUGUGGGUAUGGUUUUUUGACAAAAAGCAUUGUUUUGUACUUUGUAACAUUUAAAUUCAAAAAAAGUUUGAAAUAAAAAGAAAUAAUAAUUUACUAACAGAUUUUUCUUUAUUAUGAUUCGUGUGUCUUCGUUAGAGAAUUCAAUGAAACUUUUAAGUGUAAUUGGUUGGUAUUGGUGGUUUGAUUUUCUUACUUGGCUUAUAUUAUUACUACCAACUUAAAAAUCAAAACAAAACUUAAGGGUCAUACUGAUAUUAAUUUGAAUGAACGUUUAGAAAGAAGUUAUCACUACUGGUAUUUCAAGACUUACAUCCAGCCACCUUUUAUACACAUACAUCCUAAACUCUUGUGGGCAACUGAUAAGAUUACCUUAUCUUUUAUCAGCACAGCAAGUUCUUUGCUUGUUUGAUUUUUCAUUCAACACGUAGACUUUCACCAGUUGCAAUGACUGAAAUUAAUUUU